AUGCCGGAUCCGACGAAACCCGACGGCGUCCAGAACGUGGUGGCCAUCGCGUCCGGGAAGGGCGGGGUAGGGAAGAGCACAGUUUCGGCCAACCUCGCGGUUGCCCUGGCGGCGGACGGCGCGCGCGUCGGCCUCCUGGAUGCGGACGUCUACGGUCCUUCGCAGACCACCAUGCUCGGAAUGGACGACCGACCCGACACCGAUGAACACCGCCGUCUCUUGCCACAUGAGGCUCAUGGCGUCCGGUUCAUCUCCAUGGGGAUGCUGUCCUCCAAGGAGACUCCGGUGAUCUGGCGGGGCCCGAUGGCUUCGCGGCUCGUCCAGCAAUUCUUCUCGGGUGUGGUCUGGGGAGAGUUGGACUACCUGCUGGUGGACCUUCCCCCGGGCACCGGAGAUGUUCAGCUCACGAUCGCCCAAACCGCGGCUCUCGCCGGGGCGGUCAUCGUCACUACUCCUCAGGCGGUGGCUCGGACGAUUGCCGAGAAGGGACUCCGGAUGUUCCAGCCGGUGCGCGUUCCCGUGUUGGGCGUGAUCGAAAACAUGAGUUCCUUUGCCUGUCCGCAUUGCGGGGAAACGACAAACAUCUUCUCCACCGGUGGAGGCGAAGAGGUGGCGCAGGAUCUUGGACUUCCUUUCCUGGGAGGCGUACCGCUCGAUCCUCGGGUGGUUGUUGCAGGAGACGCGGGGACGCCUACCGUCGUGCGCGAUCCCGGGACUCCGGCCGCUGUCGCCUUCCGGGAGAUCGCCCGGAAAGUCGCGCUUGAGGUGGCGCGCUCCAACCAGGCCGAGCGCGGCGGGGUGGCCGAAUCGGUUCGGGUGGAGGGGAACGCGGUGGUGGUCCGCUGGCAUGAUGGCCCCGAGGACCGUUUCGGUUUCGAGCACCUGCGGAACCACUGUCCCUGCGCCACCUGCGUGGACGAAUGGAGUGGCAAGCGCCGGUCCCUCACCCUCCUGCUGCCCACCAACUUUGCUCCCAAGAAACUCGUCCCGGUUGGCAACUACGGUGUCCAGAUCCACUGGAACGACGGGCAUGAGACCGGGAUUUACAGCCAUCACCUCCUCCGGCGGCUGGCAAGACAGCGAGAAGAGGUUACGAGCCCGGCCGGCUGA